AUGACAGAAUUAUGUGAAGAGAAACCCUUGUUCAAACGCGGCUUGGUGGGCGCAAGAUUUCUUUUUUCCUUUUUGACUUUACUCAAGGAAGCCGGAGUUACGACGCACAUGGAACGGAUGGAUUUGAGUCAGUAUAAAAUGUCUACCUCACCCAACACGAAAGCCACACUCCGUCCCUCCAAAUUCAUCGAAGGACCUCCUCUCACCUCCACGGCCCCUAAUCUCGCCCAAACAGACUCACAACUACAACUCAUCCUCCUUGAAAUGGAUUCCUACGAGUCGUCUCACAAAUCACCCCGCAAAUCCAAAUCGCGAACUUCUUCGAGUAGCUCUUCUAAUUCUAAUUCCUCACAUUCUUCUCACAACUCUACUUCUUCGCUAUCCUUUUUUACGAAUUCUUCGAAACGAAUGAGUCAUGAUUACUCUUCUGCUAUGUCUACAAGCAAUAAGAUACUUAGCGGGGUGAGAGCGAGUAUGGAUAUGAGUAAUCCUUUUUCAAGCUCAGAGUCAUUGGGAAGAAGUAGAUGCAGUAUCAUUGAGAGUACGAAUGAAUCGGAUGAGGGAUCAAUCAAAGAUGCACAACCACUAGGAUCGAAGAUUAAAGGCAGAUUGAGAGCUUGGAGUCGGGGGAAGGACGAUGGAUUCAGACCUUAUGCGGGCACUUGA